AUGGAUCGCUUCGCCGAACAAUUAUUUGGCAAGCAGGACCAGUCGUCUCGCGCUCGACUGCCAGAGGAGCCCAGUUUCAUGGAAACAUUCGCCAAGAACUUGGCCAAGUCUGCUGCAAAAUCCGCUGCCAAACGAGCCAUGGGCCAGUCCUCCUCUGAGAAGCGAACCCGCGAUUGGGCUCGGGGUACUAGUAGCAACCAGAUUAACCCUGAGGACUUUCGCGGCGUUGCGGAGUUUGUCAUCGAUCUCAAGACCCUCAAGACAGAGCUGGAAGCCAUGUCGAGCACCAUCAUUUCUCUCAAUGCGCGGGGCGCCAGUCACCGCGACUGCGAGUUCUACGAUCGCUUUGUUCGAAAGGGCGGGAGACUGCAGGAUGUGAUCGGAAGCACAUUGGGUCAGAUCAGGGGAUUGCAGGAUGGGGACACUGAGGCGGAGGAGAGGAGACGAAAGAGGGAUAGCAGGAGAAGGGAAAAGAGGUGA